AUGGAGCUGUUCAGGGAAAGAGAGCUCCGGGAGACCCUAGAGAAACAGCUCGCUAUCGAACAGAAGAACAGAGGUACGGACUGAGAGAGGGUGCGUGUGUGUGUGUCUGUGGUUUGACAGAGGUAUGCAUGCUUCAGAGCUCAUUAAAACACUUUAACACACACAUCUAAAUAAUGAACAUGGUCAAACAUACAUAAGAAAACUGCUGUGUGUUUCUGUGCCACUGCUUCCAAUGAACCACUUAGUAUUGGCCCCCACCACUGCGAGGGAUCAGCUAAUUAUGGAUACAUAUUGAAUUAUCGAAAUGAAUGAUUCAUCAUCAUUCUAAACAAAAGUGACACAAAUAAAACUUAAGUUAACACGCUUGUGUUAUAUAAAGUGCUGUGCAAAUUUAAUAAAAUACUCUAUUAUUUAAUGAGCCAAUUACAUAAAACAAUUUUCUAAGUCCCUCCAGCAGUUUGCUGCUUUGAAUUCAAUAUAAUUUGCUAAGAAUUCAGGCAAAGUGUAAUUUCCAGCACAAGUGUUCUCAAUCUCCCUUUGACAUCAAUUCAUGAUUUUGAGCGAGUGUCCCAUGAUAGAAUUUCAGGCAAAAUGUUACCUUAAAAACAUCUUACAUUUUCCGCAAAGUGCAAACUCAGUUUCAACUCUGUUGUUUGCCACAUGUUUCUGCCCUGUAGUUUUGUCAAGUUUCUCUUGUCUUUUACCACAAUGGCCACUUGCCAAGUCUUUGUAAAUAACAAUUUAUUCCUAAUUGACUUGCUUGGAUAGAAAAGGGUUAAAUAAAAGUAGUUUGAUACAUCAAUCAAUCAAUCAAUUUUAUUUUAUAUAGCCCUUCUUACAUCAGCUAAUAUCUCGAAGUGCUGUACAGAAACCCAGCCUAAAACCCCAAACAGCUAGUAAUGCAGGUGUAGAAGCACGGUGGCUAGGAAAAACUCCCUAGAAAGGCGAAAACCUAGGAAGAAACCUAGAGAGGAACCAGGCUAUGAGGGGUGGCCAGUCCUCUUCUGGCUGUGCCGGGUGGAGAUUAUAACAGAACCAUGCCAAGAUGUUCAAAAAUGUUCAUAAGUGACAAGCAUGGUCAAAUAAUAAUCAGGAAUAAAUCUCAGUUGGCUUUUCAUAGCCGAUCAUUAAGAGUUUGAAAACAGCAGGUCUGGGACAGGUAGGGGUUCCAUAACCGCAGGCAGAACAGUUUAAACUGGAAUAGCAGCAAGGCCAGGCGGACUGGGGACAGCAAGGAGUCACCACGGCCGGUAGUCCCGACGUAUGGUCCUAGGGCUCAGGUCUCUCAGUUGGCUUUUCAUAGCCGAUCAUUAAGAGUUGAAAACAGCAGGUCUGGGACAGGUAGGGGUUUCGUAGCCGCAGGCAGAACAGUUGAAACUGGAAUAGCAGCAAGGCCAGGCGGACUGGGGACAGCAAGGUGUCAUCAUGCCCGGUAGUCCUGACGUAUGGUCCUAGGGCUCAGGUUCUCAGAGAGAAAGAGAGAACGAGAGAAUUAGAGAGAGCAUACUUAAAUUCACACAGGACACUGGAUAAGACAGGAGAAGUACUCCAGGUAUAACCAACUAACCCCAGCCCCCCGACACAUAAACUACUGCAGCAUAAAUACUGGAGGCUGAGACAGGAGCAUUUGUCCUUUUCUUUCUUUUCCCUCAGCAAUAAUCCAGAAGCGCUUGAAGAAGGAGAAGAAGGCUAAGAGGAAACUUCAGGAAGCUCUGGAGUACGAGUCCAAGAGGAGGGAGCAGGCCGAGCAGUCCCUUAAACCGCCCUCAUGCUCAGAAGGCCUGCGCUCACUCAAUGGUUAGUUGUGUUUUUUAUUAACUGUUUAUGUUACACUCUACUUAAAAAUCAAAUCAAUCUUUAUUUAAAGUGCAUUUAAAAUCGCAACACACUUUACAAUGAAACAAAAAAGAAUGGAGGAGAUAAGAGAAACAGACAGCAGCAGUAAAGUAAAAAUAGUGUCUAAAAUAAAAAAAAUAAAAAAACUUUCAUGUAUCCAUAUGUUUUCUGUAUGUAUUUCACAGUUUGCAGCAAAUACAUUUUCUACUUGGGGAUCAUAUAGUGCUGUACUGUACUGUACUGUCCUGUACUCCACUGUACUGUACUGGACUGUACUCUCCUCUCCUCUUCCCUCCUCUCCUUUGCUUUGAGCCCUAGCUAAAGACACAAUAGAUUGCAGUUACACUCAAUCACAGUGUUGUGGUAAGAACUCACAUAGUGUUAUUGAGUUAUUGUCUUUACAUUUUGUAAGUUAGAGUAAGCUAAAUCAUGGUGCAGCAGGGCAUCUGACUGUUGAAUCAUUUAACGUGUUAUUGUAUCCAUUCUUUUUCAAAUAAACAAGUGAAAUAUUGUUUUUCACUUACAGCCAAUUGAGUUUUUCUGUGAAAACUUUUAGUGUGGCUGCUCCAUGUGAAGGAUGUUUAACAGCAGUUCUGUUCUAUCCCUCUGCUCUCUCAGACUCACUGACCCCAGAGACGGAGAGUGACCGCAGCGCUGGAAGAACAGAUGCUGAGAGGACAAUACAAGGUACAUGAACCUGAGGAGAACAUAAAUCUCUCUCUCUCUCUCUCUCUCUCUCGUCUACUCUAGCGAUAGCUCUCUACUCUAGAUAUCGCUCUCUCUCUCUCCUCUCUCUCUCUCUCUCUCUCUCUCUCUCUCUCUCUCUCUCUCUCUCUCUCUCUCUCUCUCUCUCUCUCUCUCUCUGUCUUGCUCUCUCUCACUCUCUUUCUCUCUCUCUCUCUCUUCCUGUUUCACUCCCUCUCUCGCUCUUCUCUCACUUCAUCUCUCUAUUUAUCAUUCUUCAUCUGUCUGCCCCCCUUUCUCCUUCUCUAUUUGAGCAUUAGUGUAA